CUGAUCCUCGAGAGGGUCGAAAUAUGAAUUCAUAGCUUUUUAAAACGGCACUGUUUACGAAUUGGGCCAUUGAAGAGGUUAAACGCUAGAUAAACGCGAUACGGAACAAGUGAAUACAUGUUUAACAACCCCCGCGUCGCUUUAAUUACACGAUACCACCGUUCGUUACGAUCCAGAGUGUCGACGGAGAGUGAAAACGAAACAGUGAAAAAUUUAAUAAGAAAUUAAACAAAACGAACGAUGAUGCAAUAAUCACGACAACCGUCAACAGUCUACAAUCGUGAUUUCAAGAGGAGAUGAUAAAUUGACAAGUCGUCGAACAGCUGACCGAGAACCGACGACCCAGAUGAACUCCUCGAUGAUGUUCCAGAGCUUCAUCAGCUACAGGGAGAAGAUGCUGAAGAGCCUGAACAACAACGCCAGUCCCUUCUCGAUGGACAGCCUGCUGGCUACGGGGAAGAUGUCGCCGGACAAUCCGGACGAUAAGAAUCUGGACGAUUCGGAACGUAACUCCGAGGAGAGUUACAAGAUGUCCGAAACGUCGGGGUAUCCGACGAAAUGCGUCAGCCCGGAGAACACGAGGAGCGAGGGCGAGGCGGAGGAGAAGAACGACGUUUUUCUGAAAUUCGGGCAUUGUCUCAAGGGUAGGAUCUGUUCGAAUUGCGGCCGGUUGGACUGUAGCAUGUUGCAAUGCAGGUUAGGCACGGAGGAUCUGAUGAAGGACAACAAGCCGGUGUUGAAGUUUAGUGUUAGUGCCAUUUUGGGGGACGACAGGGGUCACGGGACCAGGAACGAACAUAACGACAAUUUGGUCCACGUAACAUCGCCAACGUUAUUAGGGUUAUCAUAUCUGGGAAACCACCCUUCGACGAUAGCCAAACCCGUAGCCAGCCGACCACAUUUCAACCCUCAUCUGCUGCUCACGCAUUGCAGACCACAGCCUUAUCUAACAGUUUCGACGCCAGUCUCCGGAGCUCAAACGGCAGUCUUUCCCCUACCUGGUACCUUCCCAUGGGCGCACAGCGGCCGGGGCAAGCCGAGAAGGGGCAUGAUGCGCCGGGCGGUCUUCAGCGAUCUCCAGAGGAAGGGUCUGGAGAGAAGGUUUCAAAUUCAAAAGUACAUAAGCAAACCCGACAGAAAAAAGCUGGCUGAGAAGCUGGGCCUCAAGGAUAGCCAAGUGAAGAUAUGGUUCCAGAACCGCAGGAUGAAGUGGAGGAACUCGAAGGAGAGGGAGCUGCUGGCUGCGGGGGGUUCUCGGGAGCAGACCCUCCCCAACAAGAACAACCCCAACCCCGAUCUGAGCGACGCGGACGGCGACAAGCCCAAACUCGACCUGACCGACGUCCAAGACAUCUCGCCCGUCGGUUCCCCAGUCGAUCACCAGAGGGCGCUCGACAGGGGGGACGGCGGCGCCGUCGUCAACGGUCUGCCGUUGCAAAACUACCAGAUGUACGACCAGGUCGAUUACGACAGUUCGAACGACAGCGACGAAGAGAUAAACGUCACUUGAUUUGACGAAAGGACUCGCUCGACGUGUUGAAAAUUAGACGGAUCGCAUCCUCCCACUUGGAGCAGAGUGUGAUUCGUCAUCGAUCACCCUGUAUCGACGUGUAAAUAUUGUACAGUGACGGAUAAG